AUCGUCUCGGAUUUGCAAGAUGCUAGCGUUUGCGAGCUAGGUGCUGGAAAUGGUGAUAAAACCAUCCCUCUGUUUUCAUCGUUAUUGAAAAACAAUAAAUCAAUCACCUAUAUUCCAAUAGAUGUAGCUAAAGAUUUCAUGGAACACCACGCAGACCUAUUAAUGAAGCAGUUCCGUGGUUUGAAAGUGAAACCGUUUCAUGGGCUGUACGCCGAUGGUUUGCAACAUGUCAAGGGUUUAAAUCAGCAAAAGCUGAUAUUAUUCAUUGGUAACAGCUUCGGUAAUAUACCGAUGAACAAUAUGGAAUCGUUUUUGAGCAAGUAAAUGACGCAAUGGGGAGCAAUGAUAGACUGUUGAUUGGCAUUGAUAUUAAACAAAACGAAGACGAGCAAGUUAGAAAUUACUCACACGUUACCUUUGGUAACUUUAUUUCGAACUUGCUGACUCGAUUAAACCGAGAAUAUGGAGCAGAUUUCAAUAUGGACAAAUUUCGUAUAUACACAAAAUAUGUUAUGAGUGAGAAUAUGGAUACAUUCAUAAAAAGACCACAAUAUAUUAAGAUUGGAUUUCAGAGCACAUGUGAACAAGUCGUAUACCUACGUCGUUUGGAUUUGAAGAUACAUUUAAAUAAAGGGGAGGUCAUUUAUGGUCACGAACCAGAAAAUCUAAGCAUAAAAUGGAACUGGGAACAAUUCGAAGAUGUUAUGAACAAAUCUGGAUUUGCUGUGGAAAAAAAGUGGAGUGACGAUCAACAGAGUUUUGGUGUAGCUUUGAUGAAAAAAGUUUAUACAUAAAUUAUGGCAAUUAUCGCUAACUUCAUCUUCACACACUAGAAGAAUGAUAAUAUAUAACAAUUGAUAUUGAAUAAAUACUUCCUGUAUAAUCAGUAUACUA